GGCGGCAGAGACAGACGGGCAGGGGCAGAGGAAGCAGCGGGGCUGGGGCGCUGCGGGACCGGUUCAAUGUGCGGGACAUCACUGGCCUCUUCUGCAUUCAGCUUCCCAUGGACGGGACCAUCAAGGAAGCUCUGUCGGUGGUGAGUGACGACCAGUCCCUGUUUGAGUCGUCAUAUGGAGCAGCAUCCAAUAUACUGAAGGCAGAAAUGACAGCCUCUGGAAACCCGGACUAUGGCCAGCCCCAUAAAAUCAAUACGCUCCCCCCACAACAGGAGUGGAUCAACCAGCCAAUGCGGGUCAACAUUAAAAGGGAAUAUGAGCACAUGAAUGGAUCCAGAGAAUCUCCUGUCGACUGCAGUGUGAACAAAUGCAGUAAACUUAUUGGAUCGGAGAACAAUGGAAUGACUUACAACAGCUACAUGGAUGAAAAGAACGCUCCUCCACCCAACAUGACCACCAAUGAGAGGAGAGUCAUUGUGCCAGCAGAUCCCACCUUAUGGAGUCAGGAGCACGUGCGGCAAUGGCUAGAAUGGGCAAUUAAGGAAUAUGGACUGUUAGACAUUGAUUCAUCCCUUUUUCAGAAUAUGGAUGGCAAGGAUCUUUGUAAAAUGACAAAGGAGGAUUUCCAGCGUAUCACAUCUCUCUACAACACAGAAGUCCUACUUUCUCAUCUCAGCUACCUCAGGGAAAGUAUUUCAUCAAUGGGCUAUACUGCACCUUCACAUACAGAACAGGCUUCACGGGUGACUCCUAAGGAGGAUCCUUCCUAUGACACCGCCCGGAGAUCUGGAUGGGGAAAUAACGUCAACUCGCCUGUCACAAAAAGUCCCCCUAUUGGAGGCAACCAAAAUGUGAAUAAGAACGCAGAACAGCAACGGCCACAACCAGAUCCCUAUCAAAUCCUGGGUCCCACAAGCAGCAGGCUGGCUAAUCCAGGGAGUGGUCAGAUCCAGCUAUGGCAGUUUCUUCUCGAGUUGCUGUCGGACAGUGCCAACGCCAGCUGCAUCACCUGGGAGGGCACAAAUGGAGAAUUCAAAAUGACAGAUCCAGACGAGGUGGCACGUAGAUGGGGUGAAAGAAAAAGCAAGCCAAACAUGAACUAUGACAAGCUGAGCCGGGCACUGAGAUAUUAUUAUGACAAAAAUAUUAUGACUAAAGUCCACGGGAAGCGCUACGCUUAUAAAUUUGACUUUCAUGGCAUUGCUCAAGCUCUACAGCCUCAUCCCACUGAGACAUCUGUGUACAAAUACCCAUCAGAGUUCUCAUACAUGCCAACCUACCACACUCACCAGCAAAAGGUUAACUUCGUCCCUUCACAUCCCUCAUCAAUGCCGGUCACGUCUUCUGGCUUCUUUGGUGCAUCCUCAUCUUACUGGAGUUCUCCAAAUGCAAACCUAUACCCUAAUCCCAAUGUCCCGCGGCACCCCAACAGCCACGUACAGCCGCACCUGGGCUUCUACUAGACUCAAUCUACAACUCAACAUAAAUUUAUGGUUGCCUUGAUGGAAAACAUCUCAUUUUGGAAGGGGAGAUAAAAAGUGUCCUUAAAGACUAAGAAAUUGAACUCAUAUCAGUAUUAUUUGUUCUCAGCUCCCCUCCCUGCCUUAAUGGAUCUUUAUGAGCCAGUAUUAAUUCAAGCUUGUUCUUGCUAGGAAAUGCAAGUCAAAUAGCUUGAACCCAAGGAUGUGAUAAGGUAGUGGUGUAAGCAGCACAUAACAAUGAUCCAAGCAAAUGAUUUGCAUUAGACUUAUCUUAAUAUUGUUUUCUAUGCAUUUCAGAACUUUAUAUUUUUUUACUUUUUGUGUUUUAAAAACAAAACGCACUGGAUGGCAAUAUGGAAAGGCUUUAAACUAACUGGAAAUGCAAAAAUCUCAAUGGGUAUAUCGCCAAAUAAUAGUGUACAAGGCAGCCCUGAAUCACACUGCUCUUAAUAGACAACGCAGGACACACCUAGGUGAUGGUCUAAAUAAAAUUGGAAAUUUUACUUUAUUGAAGGGGCUUUACGGUUGGUUUGCUAUACAUAAAGCUGGUCAUAAAAAAAGAGUGGUCAUUUUGUAACAUAGGGGAGGGAUCCUUAAUUGUGUAUAGUACUUGCAGAUAAAAUCCCAUUCUCAAAUAGUAAUACAUUGUAAUACAUUGUACUACAUUGCUGGUAAUACAUCAGUCUUGCUGCAAACAAUGCAUAAGUUUGCCACUGGAUGUGAGUGGGGUUUCAUCCAUCAGCACUAUCUGCAACACUGGACCCUACACUAAACCUUGUUUUUAACUUGCAGUGUCCUCCAAUUCUGUGGAUGCACCUGAAGAGUAAAGAAUGUAGGAUUUUACUCUGGUUGCCAAUGCUAUGUAUAUAGUGAUGCCUCUAAUCUUUACUAGAUCUACUUUUAAACACAUACACUAUAUUACAUGUGUGAAGUUUAGUAAGCAUUGUUUUUUCUCUCUUCUUUUUGUACUUUUUCCUGGACAUAGUCAUGAAAACCAGAGUGAUAAACUCCAGUCUUUACACUGCAGGAUGCAUUCUGAAUACUGUAGAAUACAGUUUUCAAUAAAAGUUCUUCUAUAAUAUUUCCUGCUUCUGGGUUCAAGCUGGACGUCCCCUAGAUUAUGUAGCUAGGACAUAUAUAUAUAUAGUUUUUUAUAUUUUUGUGUUAAAAUAACCAAACACCAGUAUCAGGCUAGGUUCCCAUAUGCGUUGUAGGCUCCGUUUGGGGCCUUUGUUGUAGAAUCUGCUUGAAUAACGGGACAAAAAACACUACAUGCAGUAUUUCUUUGUCCCGUUAGACUCUUGCAAAAAUGACUGGCAUCAGCGUGUAACGCAACAGAACCCAUUAAAGUCAAUAGGGUCUGUCAGGCUCCAUUUGUGUUUGUUGUGCAGCACUUCAGCCAGCUCCUUUUACCAGUGCCAAAUGCAAUCUAAGUAAGGAGGCCCCCAGAAUAUUGUCAACCAGAACUUUCUAUCAAAGGACUCCUUGAUGAAGGAGCCUGAAUAUUUUAAAAGCUUGCAAAUAUAUUUAAUGUUACAGCUUGGUGCAUCCAAGUCAGAAGGCAACUAUGUCAGAUUGUUUAGAAAUCCCAUGUCUGCCUAUACCAAAAGAGAGCACCAGAUGGGAUAACACAUCCACAUUUUUUCGUCUGGCUUUACUAUCCUGGAUGGCUUUGGAUCAUAGGACAUACCUGAACCCAGCCUAACAGGCUCUGUAACACACUCUUUUGUAGUACAUUGUAGACAGGGCAGAAUAGGACACUUUUUGUCAGGAAACAGUAGAAAUCACUAGAAAUAAAAAAUAAUUUAAUAUUUGGUCAUGUUAUUAAACAUAAAUUCAGGGACGGACUCCAAGAAUUAUGAAGCCUAUAGGACAUGAGCCAUACAAAAGCAAUGUGAAAGGCUUCACUUUUUCACGUCAGAGGAUGCAAAGAUUGGUGCGCUUUCACCAAUACAACGCACAGGACACUGAACACAUAUUAAAGGGGUACUCCACUGGGCAGCAUUCGGAACUAAAUGUUCUGAAUGCUGUUUUUGCGCU